AUGCCGUCCUCUUUUGCAAGCGCCCUGAAGGACCCUAGCCUUUUUGUCGAGAAAUCGUAUAUCGACGGGAAAUGGGUGGCGUCGACGUCAAGCAAGACCUUCCAAGUCACCAAUCCUGCAUCAGAGGAUCUCAUCGGAACAUGUCCCGAGUCCAACACCACCGAUUUGAACUACGCCAUUGAGUCUGCGGCCAGGGCCUUCCCAACAUGGAAGGCAACCUCUGGUCGCCAGCGCGGACGCAUCAUCAAACGCAUUUUCGAUCUCCUGGUCGAGAACAAAGAGGACCUCGGCAAGAUCAUCACGGCCGAGAACGGCAAGGCGAAGGGGGACGCCGAGGGCGAGGUCCUCUUUGCGGCGAGUUUCUUCGAGUGGUUCGGCGAGGAGGCCUCGCGCAUCUACGGCGAUAUCGUCCCCCACAGCAACCCGAGCUACAGAACACGCAUCAUCAAGGAACCCGUCGGCGUGUGCGGGCUGAUCGUGCCGUGGAACUUCCCCCUGGCCAUGGGCGCCCGCAAAGUCGCUGCGGCUCUCGCAGCCGGGUGCACCGUCGUCAUGAAGACGGACGGGCUGACGCCCUUUUCAUCCAACGCCCUGGCCGUUCUGUGUGAGCGCGCCGGCGUGCCUCCGGGGGUCUUCAACGUCGUCACGGCUCUGGAGAGCACGCCUCAGCUCGGCCUCGCGCUGUGUGAGUCGGACACCGUGAAGAAGAUAUCGUUCACGGGCUCGACUCGCGUCGGCAAGCUGUUGAUGCAGCAGUCCAGCAGCACGCUGAAGAAGCUGAGCUUGGAGCUGGGCGGCAACGCCCCCUUCAUCGUGUUCGAUGACGCGGACCUGGAGACGGCCAUUUCGAGCGUUCUGGUUUCCAAGUUCAAGGUAACCGGUCAGACUUGCGUGUGUGCCAACCGGAUCUUCGUCCAGGAAGGCAUCUACGACAGGUUCAGCGAGAGACUCGUUGAGGAGGUCACGAAGUUCCGCGUCGGCAACGGCACCGAUGCGGCUGUUACUCAUGGUCCCCUGACGAACGGCGUCGGCAAGGUGGAAGAGCACAUCAAGGACGCCGUCGGCAAGAACGCCAAAGUCCUUCUGGGUGGAAACCGGCUGCCGUCCAUCGGGAAGAACUUUUAUGAGCUCACGGUUCUGGGUGAAGUCGACGAUUCCAUGAAGGUCACGCAGGAAGAAACCUUCGGGCCUCUGGCGGCGCUGGCGAGAUUCAACACCGAGAAGGAAGUUAUCGAGAGAGCCAACAAGUCCGAAGUGGGGUUGGCGUCGUACAUCAUCACGAAUGACCUGGCCAGAUCUCAUCGCGUAUCGGAACAGUUGGAGUUCGGGAUGGUCGCCAUCAACACGGGCGUGAUCUCGGAUGCUUCCGCGCCCUUUGGAGGUGUAAAACAUUCCGGGUUUGGUCGAGAGGGCAGUAAGUACGGCCUGGACGAUUAUCUGACGAUCAAGACGAUAAUUACCGGGGGUAUCAGUGCCAACUUGUGA